AUGGCCGGCCACGUGUUGGUGAGGGCAUUGAGUGGUGGCCGGCUGGUGAGGAGUGCAUGCAGGAGGUGGGGGGAGCUCAGUGCCAAUAAUGAGGUGAAGUGUUUGCCAUUCAGAAGUUACUCUUUACUAGAUGAAGGGAGUCAAACUAACCAUGGCGUAGGUGGAAGUGAGUUUGUUGCACCCCGAAGUGACCCUGCCGAUGCCUCCACGCCUCGGCAUAUCCCUGUCAUGGCAGAGGAGGUGCUGGAGUUCCUGGCACCACGGGACGGCAGUGUCAUCCUGGACAUGACCUUCGGGGGCGGCGGUCACUCCCGGCGGCUGCUGGCGGCCAAUCCCGGGGUGCGGCUGGUGUGCCUGGACCGGGACCCCCUCGCCCACCGCCUGGCCCUCGCCCUGCAGGAGGAACACCCCAGGCGGGUCUUGCCUCUGCUUGGGAGGUUCAGUGAGCUGCCAACACUGCUGACAAGACUCAAGAUAAAGCGAGGGUAUUUUGACGGGGUGCUGAUGGACCUUGGUGUGUCAUCCAUGCAGUUUGGCACGGCAGAGCGUGGCUUCAUGCUGAGCCAGGAUGGCCCCUUGGACAUGCGCAUGGAUGGAGGCAGGCAGCCUGAGCAGAUCACAGCAGCAGACGUGUUGGCCCACAUCGAUGAGAACUCCCUGUACAAGGUGCUCAAGUUCUACGGGGAGGAGAAGAAUGCUCGCCUGCUGUCCCGGGGGCUGGUGGAGUCCCGCCACAUGUUCCAGCGCCUGGACACCACCCGGGGCUUGGCCACCCUGGUGUCCUCCUUGCUGGACGACACAACACGCACUGACAAGCUGGGCCGCCAUGCCCACCCAGCCACCAAGACCUUCCAGGCUCUCAGAAUUUUGGUGAACAACGAACUCAAUGAGCUGGACUAUGCCAUGCGCCUUGCCCAGUACUACCUGCGGCCCCAGGGAGUGCUGGUGGCCAUAUCCUUCCAUUCCUUGGAGGACACCAUCGUCAAGCGUCAUCUGCAAGGCGUUGACAUGGACCACACCCCGGCCACCAUCGGCUUGGGAGUGGCCAAGCACCGCACAGCCCUCUCCACUUACACCAAGGCUGAGAUAGACAGCAUCACCGCCAAGGCAUGGAAGCAACUCACCAAGCAUGUGGUCCUUCCCUCUGACGAAGAAGUGGCCAGCAACCCAAGAGCCAGGUCUGCUAAGCUGCGGCCUGCCCUCCGCCUGUAGCUGUGACGUGCUGGCUGCAGUAGAGAGUCUUGGAAAACUUAGGGAACAGGAGCAAGACACAACAGAGGUUAAGAAAUAGGACAGAGUGACUCAGGAUGUAAAUAACAGUAACUAGAACUGUGUGGGGGAGCUGGGAGUGGGUGGAACAAGAGUAAUUGCUGGCAGGGAAGAGUGGGAUGUUGCAGCCAGAGGUGUGUGUGUGUGUGUGUGUGUGUGUGUGUGUGUGUGUGUGUGUGUGUGUGUAAGUGAAUUUCUCUUUGAGGUGUAUGACAUUACCAUCCAGGAGCACUGUUCUGAAGUAUGUCAGGGUAUAUAGGUGUGGAAGUGUGGGAUGCUAUGACAGCUGUGAGUCACUUGUAAUCCCUUUCAUGCAUUACUGAGGCUUGUGUGGUCCUGCUGAAUAGGAGUCGCUACAAUGAUGACAAAAUAUCUCUCUAUCUAUAUACCAGGCUGGCAGUCCCACACAGGGCAGCCCACACACUCAUACACAAUGUUCUCGCUCUUAACCUGUCAGCUCCUGAUGGCAAGAGAUCCCUGGCCCAUCCUGCCACACACUACACAGGAACCUAGACAUAACACAGCUGGCCACAUACCUCCACAGCAAGGUCAGGCAGCAAACAAUGGCUUACACUUGAUGGACAGCCUCUUGCAGCCUUCCUCAUUUUCUUAUGCCUUGUGUUCACAAUGAGACCACUCUUUACAAAAAUACAUGUACACAUAGAAAUAGUGUUAAUGAAGUUAAUACCAUUCUUAAGACUUUUGGAAAACAAACUAAUGUAAAAGGCAAGCUUGAGAGGGUCACUGGAUCAGACUCUUGACAGGCCAUUCAAGGUAACACAAAGCAAACACAUCACCAACAUGAUCACCAAUGCUUGAGUGGGUUGGGUUGGCCUUGACUGUCUGGCUAGCACACAGUCAAUGCAGUGUUUUGUGUUGGCUGGUAAGGAAAAUGACUUUUGUUCAUUGUGAGUGUGAAGUGUGAUGCUUUUUUAGGUUGUGUUGUGUGCUGGUGUGGUCCUGGUAGCAUAGAGUCUUAGCAAGUCUAGCUAGAUAACCCAGAAGUGGUCAGUGUGUCUAUGAGAGAAGUGGUUGCAGUGCUGUUGUAAGAUACUUGUAAAUAAAAUGUGGUAUGGACUC